AUAAAAUUACCGUGGUCAGUGUAGGUUUCGUGUAAUAAGUACGACGAAAAGAUUUCCAGAUAAAUGAUUAAAAGUAACUUCAGUUGAUUAAAGACCCGUUUUAAGAAGCAUGAAAUGCAUAAAAGGAAACUUAAACGCAACACAUUACUACAAAAUAUAAGAACUUCUGAAAUUUUACCAAGAGUGAAUAAUUCUCGAGAUAAUCAAAAUAAAUCAAGUGAUUAUUUUCAAUUACCAAGUUUACAAAAGAAGAAAACUUGGAAAGAUGUUGAUGACAAUGUAUCAACUUGGGAUAAAAAUAGUACUGCAACAGAUAUAUCCUGUUCUUCAGAAAUUGAAAAUAUUGCAACGAAGAAAGCUAUGGAACAGUGGGAAGCUAUCGAAAGUACAUUGUAUGAAGAUGGUAAUCAAGUAACUCAAACAUCUGUUUUGGAAGAAUGUAUACAAUGGAGAAUGCAAAUACCUCAUUUAAGAAUAGUUGGGAAGAAUCCGUUUCUUUCAUCUAAAAGUAACUAUCAAGAUUUGAACGUAAAUUAUAGUCAGAUAAAGAAUAAUUUUGAUUCUAAUAAUGAGGAGGUAUUUCCAGAACAUAGUACUUCAUUAAAGAAAAGGAAAAAUUCAUCUAAGCAAAGAUUACAGAAAACAUCGCAAGAUGAGAUAUUUGAUAUGCUUUAUGAAUAUGUAAUAUCCAAGCUGUUUCCAAAUAAAGGAAAUGAAAUUGAUUCAUUAUAUGAUGAUUUCAAUGAUGUUUUACAAAUACAUACAGCUACUAUUCACAGUAAUAAAAGUUCUGCAAAAAGUAUAAAGGUAAAUUGUUUUGAGGAAACAAUAUCUCUCGAAAGUAGAUUUUCAAAUAGUAAUAGUAAAGGAAGAGAAGAUUAUACCUUACCUAUGAGAAAAGAAAGUGGUCAAACAUAUACACAAGAAAUUCAGAAAAAACAUGAUAAUCCUAUGAAUAAUGACAAAAUAAGAAAUCAGAAGGAUGAAUCUACUAUGGAAGAUAAGCUUUUAAGGCCACACACUAGUAGAAAUAAACUUGGAACUGUUUUUAAUGAAAAGGUUGUAGUUAGUCCUGUGCCUUAUGUUUUAUCAACCAGAGAAAGCUUUUCUACCGUAAAAACUACUCCAAUCAAGUUUAUGGCACAGUCUCUAGAAGUUUCUUCCUUUCAAGGCUCAAGUAAAAAUAUUAAUUAUUUUAAAAAUUCGGGAAAAAAUUCAAGUUCAGCUAAAAUUUCUGCUUGGCAUGCUCCUGUUUCUCCUGCUGUGUGGCCAAAAAAUAUAAAGCUUGCUCCACUCGACACGACACGAUUUUCGAGUAGCAAAAAUAGAUCUUUAACAUCAUCAUCGGUACCAGUAUCACGUAACAGGAAACCUUUAAGUCCUAUUUUUCGAUCUACUCCACCAGUACAAACUAUUCAUAAUAAUAAUCACGAAGGUUUAGAAAUUCAAGGAAAACAUAUAAUUCCUGGACAAUCUCCUAAGUUAAGUGCGCCUACUACAAGUUCGGAGAAUGCUGGGAGUAGCAAAAACAGAAAAAAGAAGCCAAUCAAAAACAAAACUGCAAUGAAUUACAACUAAUUAUGUUAGUUACAAAAAUUGAUCUCAUAAAAUUAUUUUUAUCUCUAUUAAUUAAAAUUGUGUUUCAUUGUUUUACACAAAUAAUAAUCCGGUAAAAUGCGGCUGACGUAACUGAAGGAAUGUUACUUACCAUUUAUACAUUUAAAGCAGACAUUCGUGAUUGCGUUUGUGAUAUAAAAAUCAUGUACGAUAAAAAUUCUAUUUAUUUUUUAUUGACAAUUGAGCUAAAAUUGAUGAUUUAAAAGUUCAGAUAACAUUUAUAAUCUAAGUGAUGUAAAAAGUAACAUUUUAUAUGAUAUAUAAAUAUAUCGUUAUUGUUAUAUAAUAAUAAGAAAUCUUAUUGUAUUACAGUAUUAAAAUGUGCUCUAAUUGUAAGAAGUGUUUGCACCAUAAACAAAAAGAAUAUUUAAACACUGUAUUAAAAAUGAUGCGAGUUAGUGUUCCAAUUUUAAAAAUGUAUAUUUUAAAUACUCCUGUUGUUUCAGAAGCGAACAUAUUGUUGUAACUAUCUCUACCUCACUCAGUUCUAUGUGUUAUUUGAUUGAUGCACACGCUUAAGUGCGCAGGUGAAUAUAUUUUUGUAAUGCACAUAUCUGUAUUGGACGUGCUUAUUGUAAAUAUAUAAUAAUUAAUAUGUUUAAA